AUGGGAAUGCAUAAGUCUGUAAAUGACGACCUGUCGUAUGGUAAGGGAUCGGAACAAAGUCCUCAUGUUCAGUGUUAUCCUGAAUCAGCAUGUUUGGCAACUAAUGCAGUCGACAGAAACAACAGGACAUGUAUGAAGACUGACAGUAUCGGUCCUUCCGCACCAGUAAAGAAAACGUGGUGGUAUGUGGAUCUGGGAGAUGUUUACAGUGUGUAUAGCAUCAGGAUAUUGUAUAAGUCAUAUGGAAAGGAACAUGGAGAAGGAACCUUUCGUCUUCAAUCUGAAAGUACGUCUGCACAGCCACUUACCAUCGGUGCCGUUUUAGGGGCAUUUGCCGUUGUUACCAUCCUUAUUGUAUUGCUUGCUUUAUUUAUGCGAUUACGACAAAGAAUACACAAGGGAACCAGCAAUGCUUCUGCACCUAUACAGAUGUCCACAAUAACAUUCCAAAAUCAAGAAGAAACAGCAUUUACAACAAGGAAAAGUAAAGAACGAAAUAAUCAUCAAUUACAUAAUGUCAAGGAGAUAGCAAAGAGAGGUCCACCUACAAAUAAAACCAUUCUCACAAGGAAUUUACAGGCCAUCACAACAAAAAUGUCUGCUGCUGAAAAUGCUGGAUUCAAACACGAAUACCAUGAAAUUCCAAGAGGUGAAUUGCUUCCCUGUGAAGAAGCUAAGAAGCCUGAAAAUAAACCUAAAAACAGAUACACGACUACAUUUCCAUAUGAUCACUCUCGAGUUGUAUUGAAAACUACAUCUCCAAAUGAAAGUGACUACAUCAAUGCUAAUUAUAUUGAGGGAAGUAUAAUUAUAAGAAUAAACGAUACACAGAGUAAUCUCAAGUAUAUUGCAACUCAAGGCCCAAAACCAAAAACAGUGGUUGACUUCUGGAGGAUGUUGUGGCAGGAUUGUGUAACCGUAAUUAUUUGUCUGACCAAUCUAAAAGAAGGGACAAAGAUUAAAUGUACUCAAUAUUGGCCGAAUUUUAACGACAAAAUGCAGCAUGGUAUUUUUAUGAUAAGAAAUCUGGAAGAAAAGGUAUACGCCAAUUACACGUCAAGACGCUUCAAAGUGUACAACAAUAUGGAAAGGAAAGACCGUGAGAUGCUGAUGUUUCACUACACAAGGUGGCCAGACCAUGGAGUUCCUGAUCCACUCAAUCUUGUUGUGUUCCAUCGUCAUGUGAUGAAAAAUGCCUCAAAAUCUGGAAAGUACACAUUGGUGCACUGCAGUGCUGGAAUUGGAAGAACCGGAACAUACAUAGCUUUAGACGCCCUCUAUCGAGAAGGGGAGAGGAAUGGCUGUGUUAAUGUACCAAUGUAUAUCAGGACCAUGAGAAAAGACAGAAUGAACAUGAUACAAGGCGAUGACCAGUACAGAGUCGUUUAUCUCGCCCUAAGUGAAUCGUUCAGUGGGAGAUCCAGACGUUUGACAGCUGAGAAACUUUCACAACUUUCACAACAAUCGCAAGAUAGAUCGUGCUACACAAAUUGUGGGGAAGUUAAAAGCACAACCUCCCUGUCAUCAGAGUUCCAGGAGUUGCAAUCUCUUCGGAUAAAAUAUGCAGAGAAAGAUUACGAAUCUGGACAUACAAACAUAUCAGCCAACUAUACAGAGAGUGUUUUGCCGGUGGAAAAGUUCAUAUGCUAUCUGUCCUAUACAAAGGGAAGGAACAACUACUACAACGCUGUUCUUCUACAGUCUUUCACUGAAAAUGACUGUCUAAUCAGCGCUCAGUAUCCACUUCCUGACUACACUGAAGACCUUUUGAGACUCAUCAGAGAUUUUGAUGCUCGUGUUGUGGUUUUUCUAGGUCUUUUGAAAGAAAUAAAAUCUUCAUCCCUUUGGGUUCCAAAAAAAUCAGAAAAUAAAACAGUGGGCAGUUUUGUACUUAAUCUAGCAACAUCAACAAAUUCGAUAAACUUUACAACCCGGAAUAUAGUUUUGCAGCCAAAGGGAGGCAGCGACAUGACACUAACUGUAAUGGAAUGCAAGACCUGGAAAGAAGGAAGGUUUCUUACCAACAAAAGAGUCUUACUUGAUGUGGUCAAAGAGGCAAAAUCAGAGAAAGAUAAGCAAGAGGGGAAAAUACUUGUUUUGUCCAGUGAUGGAGCUACACGUUGUGGAGCAUUUGCUGUUGUCUAUAACGCUCUGGAACAACUCUCGAUGGAUAAGGAAGUGGACAUCUUCACCAUCACACGACAACUUCAGAUCCGUAGACCGGAGUUUGUGUCUACUUUGGAGGAGUACCAGCUUUGUUAUGAUGUCCUUGCAGAAUACAUGCAGAAUGACAGUGUUUACGCGAAUUGUUAGACAAAGGGAAGAAACUUUUAUAACUUAGCACAUAAUAUCUUUAACAUUCGUUGUUUUCUAAAUCAUACGAUGAACCUUUGUAAUUAAUGUAAAAACUUUUGACCUACGAAAUCAAAAGAAACUUUACAUAUUCAUUAAUCUUUCGAGACUUUUUCAUUAGUGAU